GCGUGAACACUUUCGGCGUCUGCGUUCUUUCAUUCUGUUUUAGUAACCUGGGUUUCUGGUGCGUAGUAUUCAGUGCGAUUAGUGAAUCAGUUCGGUUCGGAUUGGUGAAAGCAGCGUGUGUGGAAUUUUGGGUUGCUUCUUCUCUAUUAAUUUAACUACCAAAAUGGUUUCCCAUGAAGGAUUUCGCAUUCUUGGCUACGUGUACGCCAUCUUGGGCACGUUGGGCUCCUUUUUUGAGGCGAUUCAGGGCGCGCUAGUGAUUGGUGCGGAACAUGUAAACGAAACCGUUCAGUACGCUUCACUGCCAGGGAGUCUGAUUGCGUUGGUGUUUUUCGUCAUUUUGCUGGUUGGAAUUUGGCAGAGCCAUCUUACUUUGGUGAAAAUAUACCGUGUUUUCCUAAUAGUCACCAACGUGGCAGCAAUAUGCUGUAUUUGCAUUGGUUUAGUAGUGCUAAUAGGGCUGAUGAUAUUUACCGACGAGCAAAUGGAACUGGGUGGCCUCGCAGUGUUUGGACUUCUAGUACUACUGGCAGUUUUAAUAGGUCUCUAUUUGCUCUUUCUAUGGAUUGUGAAUGGCGUUAUUGCAGCCAUUCAGAAUGAGAGAACGGGAACGAACGGAGCCGUGCUCUAUAAGCCCGAUGUUAACGUCAAACCGAACAACCCAUACUACGCUCCGGUUUAAAUUUAGCUUCCAUGUGUGCCAUCAAAGUGAAGAGCUCCUAUCACUGUCGUAAACUGUGUUUUUGGAAUGCUUUAUUACAUUUAACGUAGACGUCCAUU